AUGUAUGAAUCGAAUUAUCGAAAUGUACCAUUAAAUUUUGGCAAUAGCGAUUUAGUUAUCAAUGGAGAUGCUGGCACAUGCAAGAAAGCUUAUUAUAAAAGUGAAAUUUUAGAUACAAACAAUAUCGAAUCAUUUUAUAACGCAAAUACUAUACCUAAACAAAAUGAUUUGAGUCCUCGUCAUGGAAAACAUACUCAUGAUACUAUUUUUAAAUAUAGUAAUUAUUAUUACUGGGCUAAUACUAGUGAAACUUUUAUUUUUUCAUUUGGUGAUGGAAACGAUUGGAAAAAUUUUAAGAUUAGUCGAGUCGUAGAUGAAAGUAAUGCAAUUUAUGAAUCGAAUUAUCGAAAUAUACCAUUAAAUUUUGGUAAUAGUGAUUUGGUUAUCAAAGAUGAUACUGGUUAUUGCAAUCAAACUUAUUAUGAGAGUCAAAUUUUAGAUUCAAAUGAUUUUAUUAUCGAAGAAAUGGAGAUUUUUAGAUUUUAUCAAACUGAAUAA